GCUAGUAAGACUAUUAAAAAGUUCGUGGGACUUGAGUUUUUGGCAAAGUUUUGAGUCAAAAUCAUGCCUUUGGAGAAAGGGCAAUGGGUUUUUCCUUGUAAACCUGGCGUAAUCUGGAAAAUUGCAUCUCAAGCAACAAUAUGUACAACAUAUCUACUAUCAAAAUUUUGGCUUUGUUGGGUUAAUCAAGUCCAGCUUCAUCACAAGGAAAUUCUCCAAGAGCAAGUCGAGCAAUUGCAUUUGAAGAAGCGGCCUUUAAUUACUGUAUCAAACCAUACUUCAUCUGCGGAUGAUGGCGUUCUUUGUGGUCUCCUCAAGUUUAAAACUUUUUGCAGCUUGAAAAGGACAAGAUGGACCCCUGGGGCAAGUGAAGUGGCCUUUGUUGCAAAAAGAUACAACUAUUACUUCUCAUUAGGCCGAGUUGUUCCAGUCUUAAGAGGUGAUGGUGUGUAUCAACGAGGUAUGGACUUCUGUUUAGAUAAACUAAACCACUGUGGAUGGACUAAUAUAUAUCCAGAAGGCGGUGUAAACAUGAACGGCGAAUUUAUCAGAUUUAAAUGGGGUGUUGGUCGUUUGAUCAGUGAAUGCACAAUGGUACCCUUGGUCGUGCCUGUAUGGCAUAUAGGAAUGGAUGAUAUCCUACCAAAUUACCCUCCUUACAUUCCACGUACCAACAAGAAAGUGACGGUCAUCGUCGGUCAACCAAUGGACCUCAAAGAAUCUGUGGAAAAGAUGAAGGCAGAACUAUUGUCCCCUUUGGAGAUGAGAAAGAAGAUAACAGAUGCAAUUCAAGAAGAGAUGAUACUUCUAAAAGCCAAAGCAGAAGCCUUACAUGCCCUUCAUGUACAGCAGAGGUAACACUAGAAUCACAUCACUCUUGGAGGGUAUAAUCUAGACUAUGGAUCAUCUUGAUGACACUAUCUUGUGAUAUUCAAUAAUGCAUUUCUCAAUUGAUCUUUGAAGCCUUUGCUCACACCAAGGGAGGGAAACCGCUCUAAAAAUUAUGCUGCAUUUAAAAUAUAUUUUAUUGUGUACAUAAAUUGCAAGUGGGAUGAGAAGCUAGCUGUGCGUAAGAGGCCUUUUAAUCAUUUUUACUUAUCUCCCUCCCAGUUAUGAAAUGCAGAAAUAUGAAGCACUCUUCCCUUAUAUUUCAUUUAAUUUUGCCCUAUUACCAUUUUCGUGAAUAAGGCUGUAGUGUUAAAGGCAUCGUUUAACAAUGUUAAAUCUAAGAUGCAUGACCCUUCUUGUUAUCAGUGUCUGUGAUAUGGUGUAAUAUUGAAGCUCUA